CAGAUCCAGAUCCAGCAUGAGAAGCCUUGACGAUGCCAAAACCAGCUGGCAGGAACUUGCGCAGUACAAGACUCUCAGGGAGCUGAAGGACGGUGUGCGACUUGAUGAACACACCUCGGCCGCCACCCGCGGCCUCCGAUCCAUCUGCUGGAAAGCCUUUCUUCUCUUCGACACUUUGGACAUUGACGAUUGGCAGCGAACGCUUGCUUCCUCACGAUCGGCCUACAACUCACUGCGUGCACAUUUCUUUCGCCACAUAGACAAUCCCGAAGAAAUCGCUUCUGGCUUUGAUCCCCUCACGCAGGAUCCAGAGUCCUCUCCCUGGCAACAAUUGAGAAAAGACGAAGAGCUCCGAGCAGAAAUCGUGCAGGAUGUCGAGCGCCAGUCCAUCCUGCGCCAGCCUAGUCACAGGCGUAUGCUUACCGAUCUGCUGUUCACAUAUUGCAAACUGAAUCCAGAUGUCGGCUACAGGCAGGGCAUGCACGAACUCGCUGCGCCGAUCCUGUGCGUGGUAGAGGGCGAGGCAGUGGACGUGGGCGAGGCAAGCAAGACCCUUGGCGAAGAUGCCAUAAUCAAGCAUCUUUUCGACCCCGAAUUCGUAGAGCACGAUUCAUUUGCCCUUUUUGGUCAAGUGAUGCAGAGCGCGAAGACAUUCUACAUCUCAGAAGGACCGGUGUCUAUCGCCACCAGAAGCAAACAUAUUUUCAACGAGCUGAUGGCGGAGAUCGACCCGCAUCUCGUUAAACAUCUCGAAAGUCUCGAUGUGCUGCCUCAAGUCUUCCUCAUACGAUGGAUUAGGCUCUUAUUUGGCCGGGAAUUCGAGUUUGAAAGUGUGCUUGCACUCUGGGACGUCAUAUUCGCCGAAGAUCCCUCCCUCGAGCUUGUUGACCACAUGUGUCUUGCCAUGCUGCUACGAAUCCGCUGGCACCUGCUGGAUGCAGAUUACAACAAUGCUCUUGGACUUCUGCUGCGAUAUCCUGAUCUUGACAAAGAUUUGCCCGCCCAGGCUUUGGGACUCGAUGCACUGUAUUUGCGAGAUCACAUGAAUGCUGAAGGUAGUAGCUACUUGGUUCUCAAAUACACCGGCAGACCUUUAACCAGCUCAAAUCGACCCACCACACCUCCUGCCCUUCAGAGAAACAUCACGCAGUUCUCAGGCCUGAACGCUGGUGUUCGGCACUCGAAGCCUUCCCGGAACAACAUCGAAGCGGUCUUGCAGAGCACAGCUAAGAACUUGUUCGCCCAAAGUGAAAGACUGGGGAUCGGAAAAGCAGUGCGGAGUACGAUAGACGACAUUCACAAGAAAGCUCAAGAGAUCAGAGACUCGCAAGCACCAUCACCUCCACCCUGGCGACGCUCUGGAACUCCACGCGUAUUGGAGCGACUGAGAGAAAUGGAAGAACGUAACAGGAGGCUUUCCAUCCUGCUGGGACAAGCUGUCAAUGAACUUUGGGAGUGUCAAGGGCUCGUCAGUGGAGACCAGCAAGUAAAUGAUGAUGAUUCGACUCCAAAUGCGAACGUAGAGAAGCUCAGUGCUGCUAUUGCACGUGUGCAAUUUGUGCACGUUUACCUUGACCAACCGACUUUGGUACUCCCUACCGAGGAUGAGGCCACGCAAGAGUCUGGAAAAGGCCCUACAAACAUUGCUACGAGCUCGCGGCAAGAGCCCGAAGUGGAUCCAGAUCAUUCGAAGACAGAGGCAAUCGGGUUGCCUGAGUUAACGAACGAUCCAGUGACCGGACAAGAAACGGCUGUUCCACAUCGGCCAGCUCUCGCCGAUCCGUCAACAUUUGAAGACUUUGACGAUUCCGAAACGCAUACAGAUGUCAAGCCAGAGACCGCAGCCUCUGAUUCGACAACUAAUGUUGAUGAAGAGUCCAAGACGGUCCUUCUGCAGGGCCAAAGCACGCCAGCUAAAUCUCCGACUCCACGCCCUUCACUUGAGCAAAGUCCCUUUUCAUUCAUGCUCGGUCAGGACACAAGCUUGAGGGAAGGACAGGAUGGGAAGAGGAUACCUCCCUCUUCUCAAGACAAGGGGAAUGCGUCCCUUUUCGGCGACAUGAAAGCUACACACAGAACUCCAACUCAUACCCCAACAGGGAGCGCCAGUAAGUUUCUGGCGGAUGACGGAGGUAAAGAUGAAUUCGACUUCGGCAGUUUAAGAAGAGGUAAAGGUCCCAAGCGGUAAAUGGUGAUGAGUUGAGCAAUGCAAUGUGUGACUUUUGCUGGGCAGGAUUCAAAGUUUCAUAAUGAUCAUGAAACUGAUUGAUUGGCUUUUGCCAACUAGCGAUUCUCCAAGUGUAGCCAAAAAAUCUGUCCUGUGGAGCAUGACUUGGACCUAGUAGGAACAUGCGAACCGCUUCGUCUACAAGAGCGUUUGAAACAACCUAGAACAGCCAUUGUCUGAAGACUGACUGACUGACACCACAACAAGAAGUGAUUACGACAGC